AUGGAAUACGUAUUUUGUAAAAGUAGACACAAUACUCAAGACUGGGAUGUUGCGAGAAAAAUGAGUUUAAGCGAUAGAAAGGAGUGUGUAAAGCAGAACACCUGUGUUAAAUCGAAGACCAAGAAACAUGAUGAUUUCUUGAUUCCCAUGAGAAACAUUGAUGAAUCUUAUGCCUACCAAAUACACCAGACGUCCUGCAUCACCAUGCUUUCUCCUAAAUGCGUGAACGAGACUUCGGCGUACAGGAGUCCACUGACUUCAAACACAACAGAAAGAAUUGAAGAAAAAAUCGGACCCAUGGAACCAGCAAAAUCUUAUGCAAAUAUUAUGAAAAUAGACACUAAUUUAGAAGCUAUUGCAAUAGAAAUUUCACUUCAAACACCAAAUAUCGAUGAUUUAGAAAACUUGAUAGCGCAGAUACCUAAACCCUUUAUACCUUUAACUUUAAUAGCCAUCAUUCCCUAUGAGGGUCGUCUAGAACCGAUGCUACAGACACCAACGAAGCUCCUGUGGAAUAAAAUUAAAAAAAUUAAUAGAGGUAGGCAAUUUACUGGAAUAGAAUUUCUAGAACUAGAACUAGACAAAAACAAAGUGGUUACCAAUAACAAAGAUAUCGUUCAAGAUAGAUCAUAUGACUGCAACUACUUCUCAGAGUUCCUGGCCCGUAUCAACAAUCAUGGGAACCAAACCAUAGAAUCAAUAACUAAUCAAGAAAAAAUUAUCCAAGUAAGAGUCAAUGGCACACUUUCUGACCCGGCUGAAAUAAAAAAUGGAGUACUUCAAGGAUCAGUGCUCAGUGUUACACUAUUCCUGAUAGGAAUAAAUGACUUAGCGGACAGUAUACAAAAUCCAGUCAAAAAACAUUUGUUUGCAGAUGACCUUACUAUAACUUGUAGUGAGAAAAACUUAAAGACAGUAGGAAACCUGAUACAGACAACUGCAAAUAAUGGUCUCAAAUUUUUGGCCCUUAAAACUCAAGUUGCUAGAAAUGGCUACAUUGAUAUAGUAAAACUUCUAAAAAGCAAAGAAGCAGAUGUUAGUAAACCAAAUAGAAAUAAUGAAAGUUCUAUUGAACAAAGGGGCCAAUACCAAUAUAUUGUCGACAACGAUGAGAGGACUCCUUUGCAUUACGCAUCCACUAAUGGUCAUCUGGACACAAUAAAAUAUCUGGUAGAAGAGAAGAAUGUUAAUUUCAUGGUUGUUGACGAUGAUAGCUGGACACCUUUGCAUUGUGCUUCAUACAUUGGUCAUCAGGACACAGUAAAAUAUCUAGUUGAUGAGAAGAAUGCCAAUUCUACGGUUGUCGACACCGCUGGCCGAACUCCUUUGCAUUGUGCUUCAUAUAACGGUCAUCUGGUCGUAGUAAAAUAUCUGUUAGAUGAGAAUAAUGAUAAUUUUACAGUUGUCGACACCACUGGCCUCACACAUUUGCAUUAUGCAUCUGUUGAUGGUCAUCUGGACACGAUAAAAUAUCUGAAUGCCAAUUUCACGAUUUUCGACACCACUGGCCUCACUUCUUUGUAUUACGCAUAUGUUAAUGGUCAUCUGGACAUAAUAAAAUAUGUGGUAGAAGAGAAGAAUGUUAAUUUUAUGGUUGUUGACAACGAUGGCUGGACGCCUUUGCAUUGUGCUUCCUAUAAUGAGCACGAGGACAUAGUAAAAUAUCUGUUAGAUGAGAAGAAUGACAAUUUUACGGUUAUCGACAACGAUGGCUGGAUUCCUUCGCAUUGUGUUUCCUAUAAUGGUCAUCUAGACACAAUAAAAUACCUGUCAGCUGUUGAAAAAGGUCAUUUAGAUAUGACUAAAUACCUUGUAGAAGAAAAAGGAUUUGAUAUUAACAUUAAAGAUAGAUCAGGUAGGACUAUUUUACAUCUUGCUGUCCACAGUGAUAAUUUAGAUAUGCGAAGGAGAGCUAUGUUAAAUGCGUUUGAUAAAUGUGGUAACACUUCUUUACAUAAUGCUGCUAGGAAAGGACAUAUGGAUGUAGUAAAAUUACUGGUAAACAAAGGGGCUAAUCUGAAUCAAAGUAAUAAUAAGGGCCUUACAUCUUUGUAUUACAGUACUAAAGCAGGUCAUUUAAAUGUUGUGAAAUUUCUUGUGGAAAAGAGAGCUAAUUAA